GAAAAUGAAGACCGUGAGUUGCAAAAACUUGACCAAAAAGACAUCUGAUGACAUGCCUCAUGACAAGAAAGACGUUCGUGCAGCAAAGAUUCUGGUACAAAUGGCCAAAGUGAAAGCCAGUUUUGCAAAGGAUUUUCCAUCUCUUCAUGUUAAAGAUGGUGUGGUUAAAGGUGGCUGCCGAUUCAGAACAGGCAAGCUGAUGAGGAUAGAAAAUGGGAAAAAAUUAGACUUGCAAUCUGAAAGAGCUACUAUUGCAGAGAGAAAAAGUAGAAAGAGGACAUUCCAUUCACUUGAAAUAUCAGAUCAUCUUAAUUUAACAAGUAGAUCAUGCAAAAGAAAUCUACAGAAAGCAAAGGAAAUGGAGGACGAGACUGGUGCUUUUAGGGACUGGAUAAAUCCCUCAUUUCAGGAACCACUAAAGAAGCUGCAGUCAACUUGUAUUGUCCCCACUAUCGCUGAUACAUCCUCAUUUUCCAUUAUACAUCUUGUCUACGCUGUCCGAACUGCUUUAAUUACACCACUUGGAAAAAACAAUAGCCUCAUUUUUGGCAAGUAUGUUGAAACCAACGAGAAGAAACAAAGAAAGCAUUCUGAAGAGGUCAGUUGGAUUGAGAAGCAUGGUGGAUGUUUCUCUGGAUUGAAAGGAUUUGUCCGGAAGAACUUACCUUCUCUUACUACACAUGAAAUUGUGGAGCGUGUGAGAUUGAAUCCUUGUGACUUUCAUAUUCUAGAAGCCGAGGAGCCGCUUCAGGAUUUAGUCACUGGAGUUCUCAAAGUGUUCUCAUCAAGAACAUUACCAGUCGGAGCAAAAUCACGAAAGGCACUUGUAGUAUAUGACAGGCAUAGCAAAAGUUGGUCAUGGAUUGGUCCGCUCCCUUCCUUUUUACUGCAUUCUCACCAUAUUGAGGAAGAAACAUCUCCUCAGGCUUGGGGUCUUCCACACAAAACUCUCGUGAAAAUGGUUGAUUCGUUUGCUUACUGGUUGAAAGAAGGGCAAGAGAUGCAACUAAAAAUUGGUAGUCUUCCGAAACCCCCACGGGAGUUGAUGCAACAUAUCAACUGUAGGGAAAGGUUAAAGGAAUCGAGAGCUGUGAAGAGUCUUAGGACCAUAAGUCCCUGCUGUGAGGCAGUAAGAGCUUAUUUCCGUAGAGAAGAAACUCUAAGGUACACAGUACCUGACAGGGCUUUCUCAUAUACAGCCAUUGAUGGUCGGAGGUCUGUCGUUGCACCUCUGAAAAGUUAUAGCGGAAAACCAUCAACAAAGGUUCGUGAUCACCAUAUUCUUAAACAAAAUCGACCACUUCAUUUUACUGUCCUUUGUUUGGUAAGAGAUGCAGCUGCUAGAUUGCCUGGAGGUGUUGGAACCAGAGCUGAUAUCUGCGUUUUGGUACGGGACUCUCAGUUCAUUGUUGAGGACAUCUCAGUUUUGCAAGUUAACCAAGUUGUUAGUGGAGCUUUGGACCGUUUGCACUAUGAAAAUGAUCCGUGUGUAAAAUUUGAGAAGAAAUGGCGUCUAUGGGCCUAUUUACAUGGUGAUCGACAAGAAGAAGAUUUUGAAUACGACUCUACAUGUUCUGUGAAGAGAAGGAAGAGGGCAAAGAAAUGACCUCUGAAAUUUAAGGAAGUGCUGAUAAUGUUUCAGAAAGUGCUAAGUUCAACCAAUAUAUUCUUGUCUUUGUUGGAAGUGGUUCAUCGGCCCUUUUCAGGAAGAUAGUUAAUGUUGGGUAACAUAUUUCAAGAUUUCUGAGAUCCUGUAAAAAAAAGAUCAAAGUUUUUCAGCUGUAGU